UAACUGAAAAGCAGCAAAAAAGCUAACAGAGAUUGAUAACGAAAGACGUAUAAAUACAGAUUUUUUAACCAAAAAGACAAACAAGUUAAAAAAAAAAACUAAAAUUAAAGCCUUUCCAAGCUGGCUGAGACCUUCGAUGUGAUUGCUUGUUUUUAUUGAGAAUACAUAUCCAAAAAAAAGCCAAGCCAUAAGAUUUAAGGGCCGCCGGGGGCCUUUGCCAAAAACCUCACUUUGAUCUUUGUGUUAACAAGAAGACACAACUUCAACUGUUUGUUUGUUAAGAGGUUCGCAAUUUCCCAAAAUUUCACCAUUACCACAGCCCAAAAGAUCACCUCUGUUCAAAGGUUUCAUGUCACCUUUUCUAUAUCUCAUACUUCUCUCUUUUGCCUUCGUCCACGACCAUCACAAUUCCUACCAUAUUCCCUGCUACUAGCGCCACUUGUGUGUAGUUACUUUUUUGGAUUGCCGACUUUCUUUGCUAUAGAUUCAUUUCACAUUGAUUUUUUUUUUCCCUCUUAACUCUGUUUUUCUCUGCCUUGCUUUGGACUAUUGGCGAAAAGAAACGAACUUUCCCGCUAGUUUCUCACAGCCCAGUUCAAUUUACUGAGAAUUAUUCUCAUUUCUGCUCGUGGGGUUGCUUUGAUUUCUCUUGCUGAUUGAGUUGUUACCUCAGUUGGCCCAACUUGGGUCUGCUUUUUCCCAAGAUUCCAGUGAUUCUGUGAAGCUGCAGGGAUUUUUCCUCCUCUCCUCCCGAUUCUUGGAUUGAUGCUGUUUUGAUCGAAAAAGGGUAUUCUGAUUCUCGGUAAAUGAUUCUUGAAUAGUGCCCCUCUAUUUGGAUCACUGGAAAAAAAAUCCCCAACUUUUUCAUCCGGAUACUUUGGAAUAUCUUGAGCUUACUUAUGGCUAAUUGAGGGCCUGGCUGAUUUGUUCAUCUUUGAAGUUUUUUUUGGGUUGGGAGGGAGGUAACUGAAGAAGAGAUUUGUAGAUUAUGGAGGCCUUGUAUCCAGCUUCAUAUUCUUUGAACUCCAGUUCUGACUUUUUGCUGCCACAAAUUAAGAGCACUAAAUGGACUAGAGAGGAGAACGAAGCAUUUGAACGGGCUCUGGCAGUUGUUGAUGAAAAAAGGCCAGAUAGAUGGUCUCUGGUGGCAGAAAUGAUACCUGGAAAGUCUGUGAUUGAUGUGAUUAAUCAGUAUCAGGAGUUGGAGGCAGAUGUUAACAAUAUAGAAUCUGGGAUGAUCCCAGUCCCUGGAUAUCUAGCCUCUUCUUUAACUUUUGAGUUGAUGGAGAAUCGUGGCUUUGAUAAUUUCAGGAAAAGGGGAAGAUCUAUGGAUCAAGAAAGAAGGAGAGGCAUCCCCUGGACAGAAGAUGAGCACAGGAGAUUUCUCAUGGGACUUCAAGCACAUGGUAAAGGGGACUGGAGGAAUAUAUCCCGGAAUUUUGUGAUAUCCAAGACUCCAACCCAAGUUGCAAGCCAUGCUCAGAAGUACUUUCUCAGGCAGCAUUCAGGUGGGAAAGACAAGAAGAGACCGAGCAUCCACGACAUCACCACCUUCAAUCUCCCCAUUGUCAAUCCCACAAUGCACGACACCAAAUGUGCUUCUCUUGAUCACAAGUCCCUGGCAAUGUCGCCGCCGCCGUUGCAAAAACCGAGUAAUGCAUCCAAAAUAGUGCUGGAUUGGAACGACUCGAAUGAAGGGCUUCUGAUGGUUUUCGACUCAAUGGACUAUGAUGACUCCAUUGGAUCUCUAUUUGAUGUUGCAACACGAGGUCGUUAUGCAGCAAAUUUCUGUACUGCCGAUUCCAAGUUCCAUAUUCAACCAAGAAAAUAUGUUAUCUGAGGAUGGAAUGAAGUGAAGAAUCGAAGGAAAGGGUCCUGUUCUGUUGUAAGGGACCUGCUAGCUUGAUCCUUUGUUAGAACAUUAAAUAAAAAUUAGCAUCUCUACGUCGCAAUGUUAUUCAAACUUACUUAAAAAGACUUUAGAUAAAAAAAAAAAAAGGUGUAUAUUUCUCUUGUUGAAAAGUUUGUGUGGGUUAAAAUCUCUUUUUUGGUUGCAUGAAAUCCCUCUCGUUUUCUCAGCUUCAGUAUAUGAUCAUAGAUUCAUCAUCAUUACGGUAUAUAAUCAGUUGUCCUCAUGAGGUAAGAAAAAGGUGGCCAUACAAGUCAACUGAAAGAUGUUCAAACUCAGUCAGAUUAGAUUACUGAGAAUUUAACUUGAUUCUGCAACAUG